AUGUAUAAUGACAUCAAGACUAGAGUCCUCAGCCCUGCUGGUGUUGGUCCGGAAUUUGAAGUCAAGAUCGGGGUGCACCAGGGAUCCACUCUUAGUCCACUGUUGUUCAACAUAGUCAUGAACUACAUUACCGCACACCUUCAGAAGCCAGCCCCUUGGUUGCUUCUAUAUGCAGAUGACAUAGUCCUUGUAGCAGAAACUUUACAACAGGUUCAAAUAGAUUUAACAGCAUGGUGCACAGUAUUAGAAAGUCGAGGGCUGAGAGUAAGUUGUACUAAAACAGAAUACAUGCACUGUAACUUUUCAGGAAUCGGAAUAUCUAACAUCAGCAUGGCACAACCUCAGCUUGAUGGCACUCCUUUAAAACAAGUUGACCACUUCAAAUACUUGGUAUCUACUCUUGCAUGUACAGCCUCCGUUGACAGAAACAUCAAGGACCGGAUAACAGCUGCAUGGCUGAAAUGGCGAUCAUUGACGGGAGUCAUCUGCGAUGCAAAAAUGCCCAUUGACUGGAGACGCCCUGGUAGACUGCCGACAACCUGGAUGGGUACCAUUUCCAAGGAUAUGAGGAUGACGGAUUCAGAGCCUGAACUGACUCAACAAUGCUCGGAAUGGCGGAAAAGGAUUAGGAGGGCCGACCCCAAGAGAAAUGGGACAUAG